UAUUCAAAAGAAAAAAGAUACAUUUGUCUUGGUGGCAUAGUUCGUAAUAAUCUCCAAUCCCAAGGACCAUUAUAUUUAACACUGUUAUUACUACAUCUUCUGUCUCACUUUCUCUCCCUCUCUUCAGUCUUCACACUCCACUCUCCACUUCUCCUUCCACAGAUCUCAUUCUUCUUCCACUCUUCCACAAUGCAGCACCUGCUCCGACCACCAACUCUAGCCGCCUUCACGGCGGCUCUACUCUUCAUCUCCGCCAUAUUCUCAACCUCCAAUGCACAGAACAUCACACGCAUUCUCGAAAAACACCCCGAAUUCUCCACCUUCAACCACUAUCUAACCCUAACACACCUCGCUCUAGAAAUCAAUACGCGUACAACAAUCACCGUCUGCGCCGUCGACAACUCCGCCAUGACCAAUCUCCUCGCGAAACACCCGUCGAUCUCCACCAUAAAAAACAUCCUCUCCCUCCAUGUCCUCCUCGACUACUUCGGAGCCAAAAAGCUUCACCAAAUCACAAACGGAACCGCACUCGCCGCCACAUUGUACCAGGCCACAGGCUCUGCACCUGGUUCAUCGGGAUUUGUUAACAUUACCGAUCUUCGCGGUGGGAAAGUCGGAUUUGGAGCGGAAGAUAACAACGGUGCUCUACCCGCUUUGUAUGUUAAAUCCGUUGAAGAAAUACCUUACAACAUUUCAGUUAUUCAGAUUAGUCAAAUUCUUCCCUCGCCUGCAGCAGAAGCUCCUACACCCGCACCUAGCCAACAAAACCUCACAGCUAUUAUGUCCGUACACGGUUGUAAAAUCUUCGGUGACACGCUUUCUGCUUUUCAUGAAGCUUAUAGCACUUUUACCGAUAACAUUGACGGUGGAUUAACCGUUUUCUGUCCCGUCGACAAUGCUUUCAAAGCUUUCCUUCCCAAAUUCAAAAACCUAACCGCCGCUGGUAAACUUGCGCUUCUCGAAUUUCACGGCGUUCCGGUUUAUCAAACGAUUGCGAUGCUGAAAUCAAACAAUGGACUUAUGAAUACGCUUGCUACUGAUGGUGCUGAGAAGUACGAUUUCUCUGUUCAAAAUGAUGGUGACCAGAUCACGUUGAAGACGAAAGCUGUAACGGCGAAGGUAACCGAUACGAUCAUUGAUGAUGUUCCGCUUGCGAUCUAUGCUAUUAAUAAGGUUCUUCUUCCGGAGGAGUUGUUUAAGGGUAAAGCUCCGAGUCCUUCUCCGGCUCCGGCGCCGGCGCCUGCUGCUGACGCUCCUGAGGCGCAUAAGAAGAAGAAGAAGAAGAAGGUGGCUGAUGCGCCAGAGCCGGCUGAUUCACCGGCUGAAUCACCGGAAGAUGCAGCUGAUGACACUGGCGAUGACAGUGACGGCGCCGUUAGGUUUGACGGUAUCGUUGUUACGGUUUUGUCUUUAGUUUUCGGGUUUCUAAUGCUUUGAUAUCUGUACAACACAAGUUACGAUAUGUUGUUUUUUAAUUUAAUUUUUAAUUUUUUUUUAGAUUUAUUUUUGUUUAGUAAGGAAAUAAAGGGAAUUUGUUAGUUGUUACGUUCCUUUUGUUUUCCUUUGGGUUGAAUUGAAGCAGAGCAGGUGUGAAUUUUUAUUUUUAUUCUAUUCUAUUCUAUUUGAUAAUGUUGUAAUUUUAGUGGCGAGAUUGCGGAAAAUGAUGUUAACGCGGUUGUGAAUGUUAAUGUAAACAUUUGUUUACCUAUUCUUCAACUUCAAUGAUCUUAUCUUAUGGUUAA